AUGCAUGCCAUCAUUCUACACAAGGAUGCCAUCUCCAAGGUGAUCUCCAAGGUCAGUGGGAGAGUCACCUCCCGCUUCCCAGGGCCCGAGUCCUACCUGCCCUCCCCCAGGCUGGUGACCAGCCACGGCGGACCCUGCGGCCGUGGGGGGUGCCCCGACCCCGGGAUUCCCGCUCGGGGUGGUGCCCGGGCAGGUCGGCCCGAGAGAGGAGAGGGGGCGGGGGGCGCGGGGAGGCCGCCCCGGCCACUUCCAGAGCAGCGGGGCGCUCGGGACCGCCGGCCUGGACGCUCGGGAGGCGGCCCCCGGGACGCGGCGGCCCCCGCAGCCCCGCAGCCCCGGCCCCGCCGCCCGCCCAGGCCGCGCGGCGCCGCACAACAAUGGCGAGCCCGGGCCCGGCCAGCCCGCCGCCGCCUCCCCCCUCCGGCCGUCCCCCGCCCGGCCCCGCGGCCCCGGCCCUCACCCCGGCCGGCGGGCCCCCGGCGGCGCUCGCGCACGGAGGGCGGCCGGGCCCGGGCUCGCCGCUGUCCGUCAGCCGCCGCCGAGACAAAGCCCGGCCGGGCCGCGCCGCCGCGCCGCCUCCAUCUUAGCGCCCGACCGCCGCCCCGGCCCCGGCCCGCCCCGCGCCGCCCCGCGCCGCCCCGGCCCACCUGGUCUGGUUCCGCGGGCGCGACUGGGCCGGGCGAUGGCGGUCGGGCGGCGGUCGGGCGCGGAGGCGGCGGGAUGGCGGCGGAUUGCGAGGCGGCGGCGCGGCUGCUCGCUCGCGCGCUCCCUCCCUCCCUCCCGGGCUCGCUCGUCGCUCGCUCGCUCGCUGGAGCCUCGGAGCCUGUGUCUCGCCGCUCGCCUCCCUCUCGCGCUCGGCUCCCCGCCCCCCGCCUGCCGCCGCCCCCGCCUCCUCCGGCCUCCGCCUCCCGCCGCCGCCCGCAGCCGCGCCUCGGCCCGCGCAGCGCCCCCUGCCGCGCCGCCCUGCCCGAGGGGGGCUAG